AUGAAUCCACGACGAUCUAUACUGCGUCCGGACAACAGCGGCGACAGCCGUACAGGACUGCCAAUGCCGUCCACGUUGAAGAAACCCGCGCAGAACUUCCGCAUGUCACUGGCAGGCGGUCAGCCGCAAUCCAACCUACGCAUGUCGCUGCUGGGUCCAGGGAACAACAACUCGACCUCACGACAGUCCAUAUUCCGUGCCCCGCAUGGAAAUCCGUUGUUAGCAAGCACUAGCAAGUCGGCGUACGGGAGAACGCCGAUGGCAAACUCGACCCUCAGACGAGGCUCGACAUGGGGCGCGCACGGCUCCCAACCAUCCUCGCAACCCAUCCUCCAGAAGGACAGACGCGAGCUACGCGACAAGACGGUGCAGAUGCGCAUGCGGCAGGAUAUCGUCGCGUGGUGCCAGGAGACCGGGUUCGACAUCACGCCCAAGGCGCUCGCGGACGUGACCGGCAAAUCCUUCCGCGCCAUCUUCGAGCACCUCUUGCUCUGCCUCGACCCUGCGUGGCCGUUCGACGACGGCGACCGGAGGUGGGAGGACCACUUCGUGCAGAGCUUGAAAGCGGUGCAGUACCCGUUCGUGACCGCGCUGGACCCGAAGUGGCUCGCGGCCCCUGCGAGCAUGCAUUCGUGGCCGCAGUUGCUGGGGGUCUUACAUUGGUUAGCAGAGAUGGGCAGGACCCGAUCGGUCGCGCUCAAUUCCCGCGAUAGCACCUUACAGGACGAGUCGCUCGUACCAGAAUCAUGGGACGAAAACGACAGAAACAUGCACGAGGCAGUUCUGAUGGAGUAUUACUCCCGUGCAUAUCAAACCUUCCUUGAAGGCAUAGAUGCAUACCCCGAAGAAGACGCCUGGUUGCAAGCACGAUACGCAAAGAAGGACGAAGACGUCGCCGCUGACCUGGAGAAACAGCGUCAGGAGCUCGAACAGGUCAAAUCCGAGUACCAGAAGAUUGUGUCAUCUCCUCAUCCCAAAGAAGAGCUCAUCGACACGAACAAAGCCCUCAAACGAGACUCGAUCAAAUACGAGGAAGUCAUCAAACGCUGGGAAGCACGUCUGCGCAAAUCCGAGGUGGACCUGGAGAAGGAGAAGGCGGAUCUGCGUGAAAUGGGUGCCCGCCGCGCUGAAUUGGAAGCCGAGAAACUGCGGCUUGAGGACAUCGUGCGCGAGCAGAACAUGUCCGAGGAGGAAGUCAUGCGAAUGAAGAGCGAGCACGACAUGCUCACUCGGAAUCUCCUCGACCUGAAGCAGAAAUUCCAAGAAGCCCACAAGAGUGUCAUGUCGCUUGAGGUCAAGCUCACAAAUCGAGCGGCGGCGGCAGAAGAAGCCCUCAUGAAGUACACGAAGCUGCUCGAAAGCCUCGGGUUAUUUCCGCCUCUUCCCCCGCCGAUGGAGCAUGUCGAUCUGACGCUCGAGCUCAACACCGCCUCUGCGCAUCCAUCCGGGCUGCUCGUCGGCGCCGACAUUCGGCGGACGAUCAAGCCCGCGCUCGCGCAGAUCGCGGAGGCGAAGCGAACCGAGCUCGCGCAGCUCGAGUCAGCCAAGGACAAGGUGGAGCACAUUCUCGACGAACUACUGCAGGAGUGUGAGAACGUGGAGAGUGAGGUGCACGAAAUCGAGGUACGAUCGGGGAACGUGAACAGGGAGGCGGACGACGUGCGCGCGGCGUCGCUCGAGGAGGCUGCGGUGGCGAACGAGCGCGCGGCGGCGCUCGAACGCGACGUGAGCGAAGCCAAGGUUGCCGCGAAGGCGAACGGUGUCAAUGUCAAGAGCCGACUGCAGGCGGCCCAGAUCGCAUACAACGAACAGGUCGAGAAGGUUGCGAAGCUGAAAGAUGAGACGCUGCGCGCUAUUGUGAAGAGCAUCACCGAAAUCGCGCUCUUCCGCACCCAGGUAUCGGAGCGACUAAAGGAGGUUAAGGAACUCGCUGAAUCGAACUGA